GCACCUGCUGCAGCUGCUUGAAGGACGUGGCACCCGGAGCUGGGCCUGGGAGGAGAGGUCCCUCAGGAUGAGCAGGGACAGCUCCCCAGACGGGAGCCCCGAAGAAGAUGAAGGAGAGAAAGGGGGGCCGCGAUGUCAGGGAGAAGACACUUUCAAGGAUAUAUCCACAUACUUCUCUAAGAAGCAGUGGGUGGAGCUGAGAGAAUGGGAGAAAGUCCGGCUUAAGAACAUAAAGCAGAACUAUGAGGCAAUGAUUAAAAUAGGUCUCAGUGCCCCUCGUCCAGCUUUCAUGUGCAGGCAAAAUAAGAGAGCCAAAGUAGAGGAAUCUGGAGAUUCAGAUGAAGAAUGGAUACCUAAGCAGCUAGUGAAAACCCUCCGGUUCCCAUCAAGAGUAAAACAGAGGACACAUCUAAGGAAUGAGGAGAUGGCCAAGGAACUAGCUGACCCCAAGGCAGAGGGAAUGAUGGAUUUAUCUGAGGAGUUGAAGACAGUAGUCAUGAAUAACCUGACCAUCUCAGAAAUCAAGAAACAGAUGGGUCAGAUGGAUGGAAGCUGUACCACUAACCAACUGACCGAGGGAAAAUUGGAGUGCAGAAGAAAAGAGGCUGAAGUCCAUAUGUACAAUUUGAGGGAACGAAAGUAUCAAGUGUACCAAGAAAUCUGGGACCCUCAGGAUGAUGACUACCUCUUCUGUGAGGAGUGUCAGACUUUCUUCCUGGAAACCUGUGCUGUUCAUGGGCCCCCAAAAUUUGUCCAGGAUAGUGCCAUGGUCAAGGGACAUCCUUAUUGUUCAGUCAUCACCCUGCCCCCUGGCCUGAGAAUUGGGCUUUCAGGGAUCCCUGGUGCAGGACUUGGUAUAUGGAAUGAGGCCUCAAAUCUACCCCUGGGUCUGCACUUCGGGCCCUAUAAAGGGCAAAUGACAGAGGAUGACGAGGCUGCCAACAGCGGAUACUCAUGGAUGAUCACCAAGGGGAGAAACUGUUAUGAGUAUGUGGAUGGGAAAGAGGAGUCUUGCUCUAACUGGAUGAGAUACGUGAACUGUGCCCGAGACGAGGAGGAGCAGAACCUGGUGGCAUUCCAGUACCGCAGACAAAUCUUCUACCGGACCUGCCAGGUCAUUAGGCCUGGUUGUGAACUCCUCGUCUGGUAUGGGGAUGAGUAUGGUCAAGAACUGGGCAUCAAGUGGGGCAGCAAGUGGAAAAGGCCACUCACUGCUUUGACAGGGGAAAGCCCAGGAAUCUAUCUUUGCCCUUCCUGCCCUCUGGGCUUCUCCACUCAUGCCUUCCUCAGUCAACACAUGCUGUUCAAACAUCCCCCUCAAGCAUUCCUGGAUUCAGGGACAGGAAAUAAUUAUGAGCUAGAUCUCCAUCCAGACCAGCUGCUUCUACCUGGUUACAGGUGUGUAAGUGACAAAGCAGAAAUGUUACAAAAAGAACAUUCUAGUUCCUUGUGCGGGAACACCAGACAAGUGGAUCUGAGGGAAAUGCAUAGGCUGCCUCAGAGCCUGCAAGUGAGAGAGAAGGAAAGCAGCUCUGGGGAGUGGGAUCUCAGCAGGAUCCAGGGGAAGAGCACUAAAAAGACCGCACUGGCAUUCCAAGAGGGAGAUAAACAAGAGUUUGGGCCAUACAAGUGUGGUGAAUGUAAGCAAGAAUUUACAUACAAGUCAGUCUUCAUCAGACACAGGCGGACACACUCGGGAGAGAAGCCUUACGUGUGUGAGAAGUGCGGGCAAGGAUUUGCACAGACGUCAAGCCUCAUCACACACAGGCGGACACACUCGGGAGAGAAGCCUUACGUGUGUGAGAAGUGCGGGCAAGGAUUUGCACAGACGUCAAGCCUCAUCACACACAGGCGGACACACUCGGGAGAGAAGCCUUAUGUGUGUGAGAAGUGCGGGCAAGGAUUUGCACAGAGGUCAAGCCUCAUCACACACAGGCGGACACACUCGGGAGAGAAGCCUUACGUGUGUGAGAAGUGCGGGCAAGGAUUUGCACAUAGGUCAAACCUCAUCACACACAGGCGGACACACUCGGGAGAGAAGCCUUACGUGUGUGAGAAGUGCGGGCAAGGAUUUGCACAGAGGUCAAACCUCAUCACACACAGGCGGACACACUCGGGAGAGAAGCCUUACGUGUGUGAGAAGUGCGGGCAAGGAUUUGCACAGACGUCAAGCCUCAUCACACACAGGCGGACACACUCGGGAGAGAAGCCUUACGCGUGUGAGAAGUGCGGGCAAGGAUUUGCACAGACGUCAAGCCUCAUCACACACAGGCGGACACACUCGGGAGAGAAGCCCUAUGUGUAUAGUCAAGGAUUUACCCAUAAGUUAGACCUUAGCAUAUGUAAAUGAACUAGCGGGACAUCUUACACAUGUCAAGGACUAUGGGCUAAUUUGCCAAAUCUGAUCAAAUAUAAGCAUACAAUAUAAGUACACAUAGCCUGUACUAGGUGACACACAUAGGAAGAAAUGGGAUCCGUUCUUCUCUGGUCACUGCGAGGCAGCAUUCAAAAAGCCAGCCUGACUACUGCCUAAUCACUAUUCUGAGCAUGGGGCAAAGAGUAACUGAAUAGGCACAAGGCUCUCAGCAGAGGGAUUUGAAUAGUUAGGAAAUGUUCUGAGGUUUAGUUUGGAGAGAUUAUGCUUUUCCUGUGUUUCUAUUAUGUAUUUCGUUACAAUAAACUUUUCAAAUCUUUAUGCCUUAACACUAAGAAAGGAUGGGGGCGGGAUUGGUGGAGAAGACAGGAACCAAGAGAAAGGCAAAGAGAGCUCUUAGCCUAGGCUUAAUACCUCAUUGUGACUUGGCCCAAAUGUGGAUUCAAUCUUGUAAAUUUAUUGAAGAAAACAAUUCCAUACAUGGAGAAAGAAGGGGACUAGCCCCUGGGAGCUGUAGGGGUACCUGGGGAGAGUAAAAUGGAAGAAGCCCCUGGACUUAAUCAGGGGUCACUUGUAGAAUUCAUGUUCCUGCUCAUCCUUCUUAAUGACUGUUUUGUAUGCCUUCUCAAAAUCUUUGGCCAGCACAAUGUAUCGAUUCUCACGAACA